AUGUUGAGUAGAACCAAAAAGGAAUAUGCGUUUGAUAUACCUUCCAAAUGCAAAGCAACCGUGACCAAUCGGUGCAACCUCAAAGUUGUCAGAAAAAUAUGUGACAAUCUAGACGAUGCACAUAAAGAUCGAUUUGUAGAGUCUUGCUUCCGGCCACUAAUAAAUAUUUCCGAGAUCAUAUUGUCCUCGCAAAUAGUCCACCAAGUACUUCGUAGGACAUUGAAAGCGUCCGAAAAUGACAAAGAUGCUGUGCUGUUCAGAUUUGGGGAAAAAGAAGCUAGAUUCGGGCUACAAGAGUUUUGUCUUGUAACCGGAUUUAAGAUUGCGGCGGAUGAUGAAAAUGCGUACGAGGUCCCCAAAAAUAACAGUUCGCUUUUGCAACUGUUCAAGAAGAAGCGGGGGAUGAUCAAACGCAGUUACUUACUCGAGAAAUUUCAUAAGCUGGAUAAUGAGAAAAGACGCGGAGACGAAGUACAAAUUGGGACUCGUGACGGCCUUGGAGCAUGUUGUUUUGUCUGCAGAACUGUAAAGUUGUUCAAGCGGACCUCUUUCGGGAAGGGAAAAAAUCCACAGUCCAUAAACUAUUCUUUGCAUGGAUUUUCCCUGGCUAUUAUGAUUUGGGCAUUUGAGGCGCUACCCGACGUAGGAAGAGAAUUUGCCCAAACAAAUAUUGGUGUCCCAUUUCCAAGAAUGUACUGUUGGAAAAUGAAGAAACAGUUGCGAGACGAGCUGCUUACUACUUUUUUCGACAGGGCGGAGAUUCAAGUUCGACGAACGUUGGAACCCUCUUCAUAUGAAUUUGAGUCUUCGUAUUUGAACAAAUUGGGUAUAAUUGUCGAGGAAGAAGAUAGUGUCCGUCAAGAUGAGGAUGAAGAAGGCACUGCGACCAAAGAUGAGGGAGAAGGCAGUGCAUCUUCUAAAGCUGAUGAUGAUGAUGAUGUGGAUGAUGAGGAAGACGAAGAAGAAGAAAAAGAAGAAGAAGAAGAAGAAAAUGCGUCUCAACCUGAAGAUGCACCACAACCUCAUGUUUUGGAUGAAGAAAAGAUCGCAAAUAUAGUGAGGAAAAUGGUGAAGGACGAGGUGAGAAAAGUGGUGAAGGAGAAGAUGAACAAUUUGUUUGAGAGAAUGAAGAAUGAGUUUUUUGAAGCAAAAGAUAAACCAUCUAGCCGUGCUACUUAUGAUGUGCCAAAUGAUGAUCCGGAUGUUGAGGUGGAGAAAAAUGUGCGGGAUACGGAGACCGUUGAAUGUGACAUGAUGAAAUCACCAUCUCCGAUGUCCGAGCAAGAAAUGACUGGAGUUCAUGGAUUUGAUACGGGUUUUGUGACCGACCCGUCAUCAACCAUUGUUGUGUACCAAGAGAGACAACCGCCGACACCAAUCGAGAUAGAGGAAACCGUUGAAGAUCUUGAGUCUCCUAAGUGGAAAGGGCACCGAAAGAAAAGAAAGGUCGUCGUUCUACGUACUCCGCCAGUGGAUCCAACUAAACUUGAAGAUCUCCAAACGUGGUUGUCGAGCUACCCUGAAAGUGCUGAAGUUCAAUUGUCCUCUGGUGGUCCAGCACGUAAAGUUUUUUUUAAUCAACUUGUGAACGAUGGAUGGCUUACUAGUGAGCAUGUAGAUGAAGCGCUUUUUCACAUUCGAGAGCAUGGUAAACAGUUCCCUCUCUUGUUUAGACAAGAUUGUGCUGUCUUGGACACGUUUUUUGUCUCGUACGUGAGAAGCUUCUUCAAAGGCAUGUCGAAGACUACAAAAAUUCCGAAGGCCUUGUGUAGAUACGCCGCAGGGGAGAUACACAGUAAUGGAAAGACGUGGACCGGUUGUACGAAAUUGUAUGUUCCUUUUUGCAAAGAGGAACUGGAGAGGCAACUUGAGCCCAUUCGAGUUGUUGUACCGAUGCUACUGGCGCAGUUGAAUGCCAAGUACAGUGGUGAAAAGUUUGAGUACAAACGGUUGACAUCUCCUAGCCAAAGCAAUGGGUUUGAUUGUGGGAUGUUUACUAUCAAGUUUAUAGAAUUUUUGCAUGCUGAGAAGAAUGUUGAAGGCGUCGAUCAAUCUCGGAUUAGUGCUUGGCGUGUUAAACUAGCGUCUGAAAUAUUUGGUGCUCAUUUUGAUCCAUAG